AGUUCCGGUCACCUGCUAAGCGCGUUGCAACAUGGCGGCCCGCGGAAGUCGGCUGCUGCUGGGUGGCGUCCGGCUAUAUAACGCCAAGCCGCUUAAGUUACAACUGAAGGGAAUCUAUCGGGCGGACCCUGCCGAUCCCUGUACUCCGGCCUGGCAACUGACGCCCGAAUAUGAGGCCAAGCUGUUUGGGCGGCACGGGAAAGCCUCCGGGGUGGACCCGACCCGGUUGUGGCCGUCGCUGGAGAAGCUGCAGGAAAUGGAAGCUGAGGAGAGAGCCUGGUACCCGUCCUUGAAAGAGAUGCAGCAGUCGCUGGAUGCCAAGGAGAGCGAGGCCGAAGCCAAGCAGCGACAGAAAGAGGAGGCAAUUGCUGCCAAAAUGGCCAAAAUGCCACAGAUGAUAGAAAACUGGCAGAAGGAAAAAGAGAAACGCAAGCUCAAAGAACAACAAGAAAAAGAACGACGGCGGUUGUUACUGGCUGAGGCCCGGGAACAAUAUGGCUAUCACCUGGAUCAUCACAGUGCUGAAUUCCAAGAGAUGGUGUUAGAAAGAGAGAAGAUUAAACGGAUGGAGCAGAAGGAGGAGAAAAAACGUAUGAGGGGGAUUCUGGCCAAAAAAGCAAUGGAAAGCAAAAUUCUUUCCUCAACUCCAGAUAACAAGGAGGAGAUGGCUGAACAAAAGGAUACCUAAAAUACUGUAUUAUCAGUCUUUGAAAUAAAUCUGCCUACAGAUUGUGACAUGUAAUUCUCAGAGGCCCAAUCAAUUUACUGCACUUCUCAUCAUGCAUUAAAGGCCAACUUAGAAUUCUUA